GGGUUAGCGGUCGAUGGUUUUUCCGUGCAAGUCUCAAAAAGGCUCAAGAUAAAACACAGACGGUUAUGUUCAUGCUGGAUUAUUAUAAUUCUCAAUGUGGAGUCUUCAGGACAUUGCUAGCCAUUCCCUUUGAUGCCUGGCGUGAUAAGAUGAUUGCAAUAUCAGACCAGAUUUCAACGCUUUUUCGCGAUUGCCGCAACUGGAAGGACAUUUUGGGGGUCAAGAAAGCGCUUGCAUUUUAGACCCACCCCUCACAACUGCCAAUACCACCCCUUCAACGUUAACCACGCCCUUCUCUGUAUAUAAAUAGCACGGGUCCCUGGACGACGACAAAUUGCCCCCGGAGCUGUACCCCUCUCCUUCAACCGCAGCCUCACCAAGAGAAACACCAUGAAGUGGUCCGGAUCUCGCCCUGAAGGCCUCGACCUAUACCAAGAGAUCUUUGUUUUAAGGAGUGACAAUUCCGUGUUUACUCCCUCGCUACCUCAGAUGGCGACCGUGGAUGAAGAUUCACCAGCGCUUUCCCAAGACCUGCCCUGUGGCCACGGAGAUCCGACACCCCCGAUGGAGCAAGCCCUUGAGAGUCAGAGGGAAUCGGCCUCGGCACCCCCGUCGCCACCUGCGGACACGCAAGCCCUUGAGAGUCAGAGGGAAUCGGCCUCGGCACCCCCGUCGCCACCUGCGGACACGCAAGCCCUUGAGAGUCAGAGGGAAUCGGCCUCGGCACCCCCGUCGCCACCUGCGGACACCCUGCCAGACGAUGAGAGCGGCGCAGAUGAAAACGAUGGGUGGAUUCGCUUCGGUUUCAUCAAAGCGGUGAAAACUGUGCUGUAUCGCCUUUUGACCGCUGCGAUCAGACAAUACAUGCACGAAAUGUGUUACGGAAGCGUUAAUAACCGUCCUAGUCAAAAAGAGCAUGGACGCUUGAAGCUGCUUGAGAACGAGCUCUACGAACAUAACUACUAUGGUAUAUUGCGAGUACUUUAUAACGAACGUUUCAUGGAUGCAGUUCAACAGUUUCUAGCCGCUCGCAACAUCCAUCAUGACAACGAGGCUGUUAAUGCUGUCAUACAAGCGUAUCUGUAUGAAUUAACGAUGGUGAAGCGUGUAUUUAAUACAAUAUAUGGCGGGUAUGAUCGGCUGGUUGAAGAAAACUGUGAACUAAAAGAACAACUUGAUGCCAUCACAGACUACUGGCGAGGGUCUUGAAACCAAUGCAUACAUGUUUUCUCAUGUCU